CCGUAUUCUUAUGGAAAUCAUCUUGUAAAAUGUCCAGACAAUAUUUUCUCAACACGAUUUUAUUGGUCUGUUUACUGUGUAUAACUUGUGAAUCAACAGUGAAAGAUAUUUCGUGUACUAUUGAUAAAGUUGACAAAUGUACAAAGUAUGGUAAUGCAAAGUGUGAUACAAACAAUUGUCGGUGUAUGGAUAAUUACUAUGAUGAUGGAGCAACCUGUCAGAAAAAAAAUAGUCAUGGUGUGGCCUGCGGCGUUGUUGACGAAUGUCUAGGUCCAAUGACGUGUAUAAAUGAAACUUGUCAAUGUGGUACAAAUAGGUACUGGACAGGAUCAAAGUGUGCUACAAAUAAAAGGAGAAAUGCUUUACCAUGCCCAGUACGGAAUAUUUGUCAUAAUCCUGAACCUUCUUGUGAUUGUAGUAUACGACAGUACUGUAGUGGUUCAUACUGUUACCAACGAAAGAGUCGUGGUCAGACAUGUAGUUCUGGAAUAGAGUGUUUGGAUCCAUUUUCUUGUACAGGUGGGAUUUGUCAAUGCGCUUCGAUUCAGUAUUGGACAGGAUCAACUUGUGUUGCAAAAAAAUAUGUGUAUCAGUUUGUUUUCCUUAUAGACGAUGUAACAGUCUGA